AUGCCGAUCCUACUUUCUCUCAAACCAGCCUCCAACACAUUCGCAACCGACCUCAUCACAGCCGCUGCCACCCAAAUCAUCAACAACACAAAAACGAAACCGCGCAACCUCCCCGAAACCUGGUUCAACCCCAACAACAACAUUCAAACCCCCGCAAAAUCAGAAUCCAACAGCGAUGAGAUCCGACCUCCAGAUGGCCCCGGCGGGCUGAACAAGCCCCCAGACGAGCGCAAAGUCAAGCUAGGCAAAACCCUCCGAAUCCUCCAAGCCCACCUCCCAACCAUCCUCCAAUCCCCGUUGCCCACCUCCAUCCUCUCCCCCCAAAUCUCCCUCCACCUCUUCCCCUCCACCCACCCGCACCUCCCGACCGUCAGGGGCCGCGUCGCCUACAUUGCCGCCCUAUGGACCGCGCCCUUGGCCUGGAACCGGCUCCCAAUCAUCGGCAACGUCCGCCUCGAGAUCUUAUCCGAACGCAUGGUCGACCGCCCCCUUUACAAACCCCCGUCGCAAAACCGGCGCAUUGGCGCCUAUCCCGAGCAAUUGAUUGUGCGCUGGCGGACCAUCGGCAACGCCAAGAAUUGGGGCUUGAGUUUUAUCAAUGGCAGCGGCGAGGCAGGAAGUGACACGAAGGGGGUCAGGGAAACAGCGGACAAGGGAACGGCGACGGAGUAUAAAGCGCCGGUGGGCGAUGCGGAACCGUCGGCGGGGAGGGAUAACAGCAAGAAGUCAGAGUUCACGGGGCUGUUCAUCUUUGAGUUUGAUGGGGAGGGGAGGAUAUUGAGUCAUACGAUUGAGCAUGCGCAGCAGGAUGGGGAGGUUGAAAAGGGGGUGGGUGCGACGGUGGUUGGGUUGACGGAUUGGUUGUUGGGUGGGAUGAAGGGGGCGAGGGAAGGGGAAGGAGGAACAUGUCCGGCUUUUACGGCAAGGCAGGCUGAUGAAGCAGGUGGUGAGGUGAGGUGAUGCUGGUAGCUGGGUUUAUGAGGGACAUUGAUGGCAUUGGGAAUGGGAAACCUGGGGUUGGUGUGUUUUGGGAUGCAUGAUGAGGAUGAGGACGAUAAUGAAGGACCUUCUCAGGGCGAGAAGUGUGGUCCCACGCUGCCAAAGACAAAAGGGCAAGCAUUGUUUUACUGUACAACAAUAUGUAUUUCUAUAUCCAUGAUAUCUUCUCACCCCUUUUC